CUGUUUAGAGAAACAGAGAAACAGAAUCAGAGAGAGAGACAUUGUUGGGUGACUGAUGGCCAGUGAAACAACUCAAACAACAAUAUAGACCAUUUUCUCAAACCAAACCUGCCCACCGACAACUGCUUGUCCAAUCAGAGCUUUACUGACUCUUCUGGUUUUGUCUUUUGUCCAAUCAGAAUGCCACAGACAGCUCAUCUAACUCCUCCUCCGAGAGACUGGAGCCCUGUCUGCAGCCACUGGACUCCUCCCCCCUCGCUGACUCAUCCCACCUACACAACAACUGCAUCCUGGGAAACGACCUCCACGAACCCUAUAGGUUGUCAGACCACUACUUCCUAGAUCUGCCUCUGCCCCACAUCCCUCGCCACGUCACCUUCCAGGACGACGAGGAGAUCGUCAGGAUCAACCCUCUAGAACGUUCCUGGGAGCUCCCCUCGGAAUCCUCCUCCCGCUCGGAACUCCGUAUGGACCAACUAGAACGCUCCUGGCUCACGGGCUAUGAGGACUACCGACACGCCACCGCGCGUCACAAAUACAUCCGCCCGCCGGACGACUCUGAGUCCUAUGUCCACUUCGCUAAGAGCGAGCCCCACAAACACCACUAUAGUUAUCCCCAGGUAUCCACACCGUUAGAUUCCUCCGACCCCAAACCUACCUUCAGACCUUUACCCAAGAGGCACCACUACCGCCGUCCAGGGGAGCAGGGCUUCGGUGGGGGCGUGGUCUCUACCCAGCCCCAGCCACUCCUCCCUGCCUCGUCUGAUGGACAGGACAAGAAGUCUGAGGAGGGCGGGGUUGGCGAGCGCCUGCAGUGCCAGUACUGUGGUGAAACGUUCUACCGCGGUAUCAACCGACGGGGGCGCUGCCAGGAUGCACCAGACCCGAUCAGGGCGUGCGUCCGGCGGGUCAGCUGCAUGUGGCUGGCCGACACACUGCUGUACCACUGCAUGUCUGACCCAGAGGGGGAUUAUUCGGACCCCUGCUCCUGUGAGGGGGGUGGCGAAGGGAGGCUGGGCACGCGCUGGGCAGCUCUGCUGGGGUUGUCCCUAGUGGCGCCGUGUCUCUGUCUGUACCCGCCCCUUCACGCCUGCCACCGGGCCGGGGUGGCGUGCGGGUGCUGCGGGGGCAGGCAUGAAGCCUCAAUGACAUAAACCUUACACAACCCCAAAAAACACAUGGUGGGGGGAGGGGGAGGAGGGGGAGGGGACGAAGAAGAGCGGUCCUAUGCCCCAUUUUGGUUUUGUGGUUUUGUUACUCUACAGGCGGACGUGUAUAUACAGCCGAAACGUUGGCGUGUUGUGGCUGCCAUUUUGAAAUGGCUUAAAGAUUGAUAAGCUCCUUCUUGUGUACUGUCGUUCUCUCUCUCCUCUUUCCACAUGUCUUGUUCCCUCCAUUCCUGGUUGAGGAGAGACUCUUUUUUUUAUAGCUGACUAAUAUGUCAUGUAUCACAUACAACCAGGUACUUUCUACUUUUUACACCGACUUGGUGUUGAACAACUUGAAUUGUUUAGUUUGCGUA